AUGAACCUGACACAAGAGCUUCUGAGCAUGGGUUUUAAGCAAGCUGUAUCUGAUUCCUCUUUAUUCACAAAAGGGAAAGGUAAUGAUUUUGUAGCCUUACUUGUAUAUGUUGAUGAUGUGGUUAUUGCCAGCCCUUGCAUAGAUCAAGUACAAGUAGUCAAGCAACAUUUGGAUGAUGUUUUUCAUAUCAAGGACUUAGGUCCCCUAAAUUUCUUUCUAGGAUUGGAAGUGGCCAGAAGUAGCAAAGGGAUCAGUGUAACUCAAAGAAAAUAUACCCUGGAAUUACUUGAAGAGACUGGCUUCUUGGAAUGCACACCAGCCAAAACUCCUAUGGCAACAUCAUCCAGACUCAAUAGGACUACUGGCAACACACUUGAGAACAUUACUCAAUACAGAAGGCUGGUGGGGAAAUUAUUGUAUCUUACAAUCACAAGACCAGAUAUAUGCUAUGCUACACAACAACUAUCUCAGUUUCUAGAUUGUCCUACUGAUGAACACUUGCAGGCUGCACACAGGGUACUAAGAUAUGUCAAAGCAGCCCCUGGCCAAGGUCUGUUCUUCUCAGCAUCAUCAUAUCUGUUGAUUAAAGGCUUCUCUGAUUCUGAUUGGGCUGCAUGCCCAGAUACUAGAAGAACUGUAACUGGUUUAUGCAUAUUCCUUAACAACACCUUGGUGUCCUGGAAGUCAAUGAAACAGCAUACCAUAUCCAGAAGCUCAUCUGAGGUUGAAUAUAGGGCACUUGCAUCUGCAGCAUGUGAAAUUCAAUGGUUAGUCUACUUGCUACAAGACCUGGAGGUCAACAUUGAUUCCCCAGCCAUGUUAUAUUGUGACAGCAAAUCAGGCAUAGCAAUAGCUGAAAAUCCAGUCUUCCAUGAGAGGACAAAGCACAUUGAAAUAGAUUGCCACCUUGUAAGACAGAAGCUGCAGAGACAACUUUUGAGGUUAUUGCAUGUCACCACCACCACCAACCAACUGGCUGAUGUAUUUACUAAGCCCCUUGUUGUUAAUCCUUUUUCCAGUUUCAUCUCCAAGCUAGGUCUACAUUGUCUGUACACUCCAGCUUGCGGGAGGGUAUCAACAGAUGCUCAAUCAUCAGCAAAACCACCAUCCAACACAACUGACAAAACGAUCAGCAAACUAACUUCUGAGCUCAGCAACUAA